AUGGCGGACGACACCAAUGAAGACAGCUGGCUCUACGGCACCUCCAACCCGGACUCGACGACCGGCGAGUUGGGAAACAGUGGCGGCGGCGACGCGCUUACGGCGGAACACGAGGCUGCGGCAGAGGCCCAAGCGCUGGCAGCCGUUGUGGCGGGCGAAAAGCCAGGCACAGCGUCCGGUGUUGAUGCGGCGGGGCAGUCGCCGCUCUUUCCGAAGGAGGAAGAUCCCGAGUACUCAGAGUUCGAUGAUCCUGCACAGGAGAUGGAGGAGGACGAGGAGGCCCUGCCGGACACUACGGAGAGCAGGAGCAGGAGGGAACGCGACCGUGAUCGCGAUCGAGAGAGAGAUCGAGAUCGAGAUACAGACCGGGCGGAUGCGCACUCCUCACCAGAACCGGAGGACGGAGAAAUGACCGAUGGCCCCAGUUCUAGGAGAGAGAGAAACGGCUCGGGCUCCGACGAUGACGACGACGACGAUUCGGAUGACGACAUAAACGUGGUAAUUGGGGACAUCAAGCAGGCGCCGAACACCUACAACAUCAAGCAGCGUCCAAAUCUGUUGGCCGGAGGUACUGGAGCCGCCGGCGACAAGGCAAAACCGGCGGGUCAGGCGGGCAAGUUCAGCAUAGAGGACUUUGAGGGCGCCGGAACCAUAAAUGGAGUGGCCGUGCACGAGUUCAGCAUCGAUUCACUGGAGGAGAAGCCGUGGCGCAAGCCAGGAGCGGAUAUCACGGACUACUUCAACUACGGCUUCAAUGAGGAGACGUGGCGCGCUUACUGCGAGCGCCAGAAACGCUUCCGUGUGGCAGAGAGCGGCGUUGGACUGGCCAGUCUGACGCAGAACGUAACUAUAAGUCAGAGCACUCCAAUUGGCAUCCUUACAGAUGGCGGCAUGGGCAUUGGCCCGCCCGGCAUGCACACCAUUCAGCCCAUGGUGGGACUGGGUGGAGAGGGUGGCAUGCAGAUGCCGCCGCCGGGAAUGCCGCCGCCCAUGAUGCAGCACCAGUCACGGUCGGGUAUGAUGCAGCGGCCACCAAGGCCGAUCUCAACUACGGGCAACGAAAGGGGCGGCGAGCGAGGAGGAGGCGGUGGCGUCAAGGAAAAUGCUAUCCAGGUGAUGACCGCUGAGUGCCGGGAGUAUUCACGCGGUCUCGGGCCUAUGGCUCCAAACUUCCCGCCACCAGGCGCCUCAGAAGAACCCUUCUUCCAUGAGCCCGAGCCUUUCGAUUAUGGUUACGAGCCCACCCAGGAGUCGCAGUGGGGCAACGAUAAUGCAGGCUGGGUGCCCAGCGGGAUCAAGGAACUGACGCCAGGUCAUGCCCACAUGCAACAACCGCCGCCAGGAAUGCCGCCGCCGGGUAUGGGCGUGCCACCGCCACAGAUGGGCGGUCCGCCGCCUAAUUUACGGGGCAUGAUGCCACCCAACAUGCGCAUGCCGCCUAAUAUGGGCAUGGGACCGCCUCCAGGAAUGAUGAUGGGCGGCAAUGGACCUCCACAAAUGCGAAUGGGCAUGGCACCGCCACAGAGAAUGGCCAUGGGAGAUCGUGGCAAUUACGAAGACGACCGUGAGCGCCGACGGCGCGACAAAGACAAGCAGCUGAAGAAGGAUCAGCUACGUAAAGAUUUUCUGGACAUGCUGAGGGAACGUCAUGACAUCGAGCGGCACACGCGGUGGUAUGACGUGAAGAAGAAGUUUGAAGCGGAUCCGAGGUACCGAGCUUUGGACUCGUCGUAUCGCGAGGAGUACUUUGAGGACUAUCUACACAUGUUAAAGGAGGAGAAGCGCAAGGAGCGCGACUUUAAGGAACGCGAGCGGCAUCGCGAAAAGGAACGAUCUCGGGACAAGGACAAGGAGAAGGAUAAAGAUAAGGACAAAGAUAAGGACAAGGACAAAGACAAGGACAAGGACAAAGAGAAGGAUAAAGAUAAGGACAAAGACAAGGAUAAGGACAAGGAGAGUUUGCGUCGGGAGCGCUCCAGAUCCCGAGAAAAGUCCAGCCGCCGCAAAUCCAAGUCCCGUGAGAAGGAUCGCAGCGAACGCAGCAGCAAAGGAAGCGGCAGCAGCUCGACAACGUCCACGUCCACUCGCAGCGAGAAGAAAAAGUCACAUCGCAAGGACAAGGAAGAAGAGGAAUAGCAUUUGCUUGGGUACUAUUUUGAUGACGCCCAAGAAGCAACUCCCUAGGCUGCCCACCCUACACAAAUAACAAAAUUAAAAUCCAAACGAAUAUCUGAUAAAAACACUUCCAAUAAACGAAGAGAACCGUAACUAU